ACCAACAACAACAACAACAAGGGUUUAUGUUACACAGAAAGAAAAGAUGAAAUCAUCAUCGGUUCAAAAAGCAUUGAGCAGCGGCGCAAGAAUAGGAGCAAUAGAACUGGCAAACUGCCCAGGAGUAUCCAUAAACACACCUGCUCUUCUCAUCUCAACCCGCAAAGGCCUCCCUUAUUUCACACCCCCUGAUCUUCUUCCUUCUCUCCCUUCUCCUGAUUCUCAUCUCCUUCAAGUCUCUCCUCUCCAUUUUUUGGAAGGGAUUUCUCCGGCGACGAUAGGGAAGAUUGGUGGGAUUCAUAAGUUGAUUGGUUUGGGUGAUUAUGGUGUUGUUGCUGUUCCCAGGGAUAAUGUUCAUUCGCUUCCGGAAUGUAAGGGUGCAUCCAAGCUUGGUGCGAGUUUCGAGACUCCGUGUGGUAGGCUGUUGAUUAAACCCAAAGAUUAUGUUGAAAUGAUAUCUUGCAUGAGGCCAAAUAUAUGGGCUACUUUGGCUGAUGAAGUACCUGCUUGGGUGACUGAUAAGAGAAACAGAACCUCGGUGGAUAGAACACUGAGAUGGCUUGAUGAUUGCCUUGCAUUGAAUCCGGCUGUUGGAUCAGUCUUUGGUGCCAUCGUUGGAGGCACAAAUUUGGAUGAAAGGAAGCGAUGUGCAGAGGAGGUAGCCAAGCGAAAUGUAGCAGGUUAUUGGAUUGGAGGAUUUGGUCUUGGUGAGGCCAUUGAUGAGCGACCUGCUCUUCUACGUGCUAUUGUCGAUGUUUUGCAAGAUGAAAAGCCACGCAUGAUCUGUGGUCUUGGACUCCCAGAGGAGAUCUUGCAGGGAAUUGCUGCUGGAGUUGAUCUUUUUGAUUCAUCAUACAUCUAUACACUCACACUUGGAGGAUUUGCGCUAACCUUUUCACUCGACAAGAAUGGGAAUCAAGAUAAUUUUAAGCUUAGUCAGAGAGGAAGUGACUCAACAAAAAUCAAUUUGCGAGCAACAGAAUAUAGGUUAGACAUGUCCCCCAUUGUAGAUGGCUGCAGCUGCCAUACAUGCCAGAAUUAUACGAAGGCAUACAUCAAUCACCUAUACAAUGUUCAUGAAAUGCUGGCACAGACUCUUCUUGAAAUCCAUAAUGCGCACCACUAUUUGAGGUUCUUUCGUGUGAUAAGAGAAGCAAUCCAAGAUGGGAGGUUUGAGGAAUAUCGACUAACAUUCACUAACAGCAGGCGCGAGCAUUAUGGAAGAGUUGCAGUCUGUUAGGGAGCACGGUGGAUAGAGUAAAAAUAGUCUAUACUCAGAUUUAGGGGUGAAGAUAGGUCAGAUUACUCGACAAAGGUCUAUGAUCUAGUCUAUAUUAGGUUCACACCAUUUAUUUAUUUUCUUUGAAAAUUGACUAAGUCAAUUUUUUUAAAGGGAGUUGCUAUUUGCACCCUACCAUUUCUGUUAUUUUGUUUGUCUCAUAAUACACUUUUUUUGGAGGUAUACUUUUUGACUGUAUAAAUAUCUAUCUCAAAAUUAAUUUUUGGAACAAGAAUAUGUUUGAAAUAUUAA